AUGAAUUCCUUGCGCAAGAAUGGUUUACCAUCAUCAUGCGAGCCAUGCCGGAAGUCUAAGCUACGGUGUGAUCAUCGUGUGCCUGUUUGUGGCCGAUGUGUCCGCACAAAAAAGUUAGCCAAAUGUAUCUAUCGUCCUUCGCCAUCAACGACAAGGACAACGACAGCGAACCCGGAGCCAAUACUCCUGUCAGAAUGCGACCCGGCAGAUAGAGAGACAGGUGGAGAAGUUAACUUCACAGACCGUAGUGAAGGCCAAGAAGAUCGCACAAUGAAGAGAAGGCGAUUGUCCCAGUCAGAGUACAUGGGAAUGACUAGUCACUUUGCGCUUUUUAAAGAAAGCACUAGCCACAUGGGCAUGCAAACUUCAAUUCAAGAGAACAGCGGUGAUCAGGUUACAAGUUCAAAUGCCAUUGUCGAAACAAGUGAGAUAAAAGAAGGCGCCAAAAUUUUACGACUGUUGAGAGAUCUACCAGUCUAUCAGAGACUCGCGUAUAAUUGGAUCGAAGCGAGCUAUGGCUGUGAUCUUCUGGGCAUGACAGGUGUAUAUUCCAGUUUUGAGUCCCUGCAAGAAUUCUCGGGGGAUUUAAGCUUUGCCGUCUUGUCGGCUCGCUCACGAGAGAUAUUCCUCCUAUUCUCGAAACCUGUCCCCAUCCAUUCUUCACUAACAUUCAAGGAAUAUAUGGCGUUCAUGUCAUGUAGAUGGGAGAUCAUUGGCAUGGCCUUCACUUUUGUGGCAGCGGGAACCUUCUUUUCACGUGAAUGGGAUUCUAUAUUCCAAGCUCACAGCAUGCCGAUUAUUUCCCGGAAGGAUCUUGGAAUCUUGGCAUUGACAGCAGCUGAUACAUGCCUCAAAUUCUGCAACGAGGCUGGAGUAUUGAACGACGCUGUCAGCUGGUUAGUUCAGGAACAUGGCUGGCUUACAACCCUCGUUCAUGGGGACCGGGACUAUCGCUCCUGGAGAGCUAUAGGAGAUGUUUCGACCAUAGUUUUCACUCUUGGUCUUAACCAGCCUGCAUCAAUGGAUGAAGCACCCUUCUGGCUCUCUGAAAUGCGAAAGCGGCUGAUGAGUUUAGCUUAUAGCAUGGACAAGCAGUUAGCUACCUUCUUGGGAAGACCCCCACGCGUCAGCUGGCGGUUUUGUAACUUCUCAUUGCCUCUGGAUUUGAGUUUCAAUGAACUUAUCGCGGAGCCCAGUGUCCGGGAUGCUGCAAUCAGUAAAUUGGAUUCCAAUGGCUGGAACCGCGCUGGCUCGCAUGGGAUAUACAUGCGCGUGGUCUUGCUGAUGGGUCCCAUACGAGAGAGUAUUCUGGAGUUGUCACUAAGCCAACAGGUUGAAGAUUUCGAGGGAAAAAUUGUAGAGAUAUUAGAGCAAUCUCAAUGGGCCUGGGCCCGACUACCUUCGUUUCUUCGCACAAGGUAUCACUUUGAGUCAUUAUCAGAAAAAUACGACGUCACUGAAAGUAUGUGGCUCCAAUUGGAACUAGAUUUUAUCUAUAAUGAGUUCCUUCUUCUUCGAAUACGCUCAAAAAGACUUAGUGAGUGGUCUCCAGAUCUUGUCAGGGUCUCUUGUGACAUAAUGAGCAAGGUCUUGCUAUUUACCAACUGUCGGAUUCGGUCUAUGAAUCUCUCCCCUGAAAUUACAUGGAUUAUCUCCUUCUUCGGUCUACCUUCAGCUGGUGUUCUUUCACUCGAACUUCUCCGCUGGGAACAGCUGUCAAUGGACGAACUCAACUCUGCUUCGAUUGCCAUGAUGCCAUUCCCCCGAUCAAAAGUCAUCCAGGAUCUCAGUAUUUUUGCAUCUUACCUCCAAACGGUCAUCCAACCCUACGACGGUAAUUACUCUAUAUGCCAGCAGGCUCGUGGGACGAUUCAGCGCGUGCUAGACCUUGUCCUGUCACCAGAGCACGCUCAAUCCGCUGUCCCAGUAAUACAAACAAGUACAAUUGCGUCGAAUUCACAGCCUCCAAAUAAUACGGAUGUCACGGAUAACAUCCUAGACUUCAACUAUUACAUCACGCAUCUGGACAAUUGGCAGUCAGAGCUGCAAAAUGGAUUGGAUAUGUUAUAUUAUUAA